GAAAAAUAAAUAAUGUCAUUAGGAAGGCAAAAUCGAACUUGCAAUAGUGUGUAAAUAAGUGAAACUAUCUAUUUCAUUAAGUUGCAUUUUAAAUGCUACUUUUUAAGUAAGUGCCCUGUCAUCGUGAAAUGAUAUAGUUAUUUUUUAAACGCAGAGAGCGUUCGUGUUUUAAUCAAAUGAUUUCCCAUUAAUAUAAAAAUAAAUUUUCUAAAAGUAACGUAAUGUCAACCAAAUUAGUACGUACAUAACGAACAAUGACAGAUCCAAAAGCAAAUAGUCCAAAUAUUGAUGAACCGACACCAACAACGUCAGUGAUAGAUCAACCCACAGUUGGAGUCAUAGAAGGCGCCGACGGUGCUGCAGAUGAUCGAUUGGAUAGAGAGACAUCGGCUAGCGAUGGUAAACCACUUGAGGUGGUAGAAAAGGAGGAGGAUUCGCCAUUGUGUUUAGAGUAUGCCACGCCCACUUCGGUGCCGCUACAUUUGCAGUAUGUGCUGCAAGAGUAUAAGAAUAGCAAAUUGUCGAAUGCCGAACUAUUGUUAUUGCUAAUCUAUAUGGUCGCCUUGGAGUCGGGAUUUGUGGAGAAUCAAAGUUUUGUGGAGAAACGGGCACUGUUGAAGCCGGUGCCGUCUGUCGGCUGUUUUCACGUUUACAAUGUCCGUUUACUUAGCCGUGAACGGGUGCACUACACAAAAGACUUCGAAGAUACGGGCUUUCGCAUGUUGCUCCGCAUCCUGCUCGAUAAUAGCUGUCCGGAGGAGCCAGCUAUAACUCAUAAACUGCAGUCUCGACUCUUUGCCGUUUUGCUGGGCGAUCUGAUGAUGGUAACUCUAAGUCCAGUGGCGCCGUCGAAGGAGCCCGGCUUUAGCACUUGCCUGUCUAUCGGACGCUAUGUGCUCAACGUACAGCUAGAGCCGAUCUACCAACGCUUUCGCAAGCUGGACGAGCUCUCAUUACAGCUGCGCCAGCAACUCUUCCAACCGAUGCGUGCCCAGCAAUUGCUGUCCUUCAAGCCCCAUUUGCAUCCCUCGCUGCUCGGCUUACCACUGGAACUGUAUGAUAAAAUCUUCACUCAUUUAAACAACAAUCAGCUCAACAUUGUGGCAAAUGUCAAUAAGCAGCUGCAUAAAUAUAGCAAUGAGUUCAAGGAACGUCGACCACAGGGCUCUUUAAUGUAUCUGGUAUAAUAAAAUCUAUCUUUCAAUGUGCGUAAGAAUCAAGAAAACAAAAAACAAAUUUUAAAU